UGAAUUACAAAUGGCAGAUGCUUGUCAAAUUUGACAUUACAGGCACGAACAAAAUACAUCCACAGGAAAAGGGAAAUUAUUUUACUUCGAGUGUUGGUAUGAGCACUUUUCCGAAAUUAUCAAAUGAUCUGUCAACAGCUAUUCACCGGACAUCUUGCAGCAAACAAUAUUGAUGGCGGUUGAUUUCCCGUAGCUUGUGGCACGAACCAUGGAUCAAUUCAAUAAUUCACCCUUAAAUUUAUGCGUAGUUCUUGCUGAAGGUUGUUUCGGAAGUUCCGUAGGUUUAUAUCGAUACAAUGACCAACUCAUCGUGAUCAAAAGCAUUCCAUUCAAUAGUCCGGAUUAUGCCUACACGGCGGUACUGAAAGAACACAUAAUUCUUUCGCAACUUUGCCAUCCACGAAUCAUACAGUAUCGAGGCUACUAUCAAACAACCACCAGUUGGAACAUCGUCCUGGAGUAUGCAGAACGAGGCAAUUUGGCAACGUUUCUCGAGCGACGCUUGUCCGAAGGCGCCUUUCUGAAUCAGCACACUGUAAUGGCCAAAUUUGGAGACAUUGCUGACGGUCUCGUGUAUCUGCACCAGCGAAAUGUUAUUCAUCGUGACCUGAAGCCAGCCAACGUACUAAUUUGUAUCGAUAACCGUUUGAAACUGGCCGACUUUGGUAUCUCAAAGAUUAUGCACGAAGACGAUUUGAACCGGACUAUCGUUGGGACACCGCUGUACAUGGCCCCCGAGGUGGCCCGAGGCAAGGAUUACGACUAUAAAAGCGAUGUAUGGGCGCUGGGCAUUAUCUUCUAUGAACUGUGCAUGCUGGAGCAUCCCUUCGUCGAUCGGUUCGGGAAAAGGCGAAACCAAAAAUUUAGUGUGCCACAGCUCGAUUGCAUGCGGCUGGGAUACAGUUCCGCCCUACAGGUUCUAUGUGAUAUGAUGAUUCAGAAAGAUCCGACCAAGCGCUGGACGCUGGAAAGUAUCUUGACGAAAUUUCGCAUUUUAGAGAUAGUGAGAUAGUCGAAAACCGAUGUA